AUGGACGACGAUCUGUAUGACGAGUUCGGAAACUUUAUCGGAGAUGCUGAAGCCUCCGAGGAAGAGUCCGAACAUGGCGUCGACGCUGGCAACUACGUUUACGAUGACUACCCAGAAGAGGCCCCCGAAGCUCCGGCUCAGGAGAUGAUGGAUGUCGACGAUGAAGGGCCCUCCAACGCCGUUGUUCUCCACGAAGACAAGCAGUACUACCCGACAGCGGCACAAGUUUAUGGCGAGGGCGUAGAGGUUCUGGUUCAGGAGGAGGAUGCGCAACCGUUAACACAACCGAUUAUCGCACCAGUCGAGCAAAAGAAGUUCAGCAUCGAAGAAGCAGACCUCCCGAACGUAUAUUUCGACCGCACAUUCAUGACCGAUCUCAUGAACUUCCCCGAACAGAUUCGCAACGUCGCUUUUGCUGGACAUCUACACCACGGAAAGACGGCCUUCAUGGACAUGUUGGUGUUGGAGACGCACGACAUCGCGGACAGACUCGAGAAGCGGACGGGAAAGAAGCGUGAUGAACAGCUGCGGUACACAGACAUCCAUAUUCUCGAGCGGGAGCGGGGGCUAUCCAUCAAGGCAUCGCCCAUGAGCUUGGUCCUCCAAGGAACAAAAGGAAAAUCACACCUCUUCAACAUGAUCGACACGCCAGGUCAUGUAGAUUUUGUCGACGAAGUCGCGGCCUCCCUCAGGCUUGUGGACGGUGUCUGUUUGGUGGUGGAUGUCGUGGAGGGAGUGCAGGUCAACACAGAACAAAUCAUCAAGCACGCCGUCUUGGAGAACAUCCCACUCACGCUGAUUGUCAACAAGAUGGACCGGUUGAUUCUCGAGCUCAAGCUACCACCAUAUGACGCCUACUACAAACUCAAGCAUGUGAUCGAAGAAGUCAACACUAUUAUCGAGAACACAAUUCCCGGCCGGGGUGAAGAGCGGAGGUUAAGUCCGGAGAAGGGAAAUGUUCUGUUUGCCUGCACGUCCAUGGGCUGGUGCUUCACUCUUCAGUCAUUCGCCAAAAUGUACUCGGACAGCUAUGGUGGUGUCAACUCGGAAGAGUUCGCGAGACGCCUCUGGGGAGAUAUCUACUACAACCCGCAAAAGCGAACUUUCACCAGGAAACCCAUCGAGGAAGGAGCCAAGAGGUCAUUCGUCAACUUCAUCAUGGAGCCGAUUUACAAGUUGUACUCGCAUACGAUUAGUGAAAGUCCGGAGGAACUUAAGGGCACUUUGAAGAAGUUGGGCAUCCAGCUCAAACCAUCACAGUACAAGACCGACCCCAAAGUCUUGUUGAAGUUGGUGUGCGAGCAGUUCUUUGGGCCAUCUACCGGGUUCGUCGACAUGGUCUGUCAGCAUAUCCCAUCACCGGCUGAGGCUGCAAAGCAAAAGCUCCAACAGUACUACACAGGCCCUCUGGACAGCAAGGUUGCUGAGUCUAUGCUGAACUGCGACCAGAAUGGCCCACUUGUGCUGUACGUAUCGAAGCUGUUCAGUGCUCCCGACGCCAAGAGCUUCUACUCUUUUGGUCGUGUGAUGAGCGGUAUUGCGCGCCCUGGCACAGAGGUACGCGUCCUUGGUGAGGGUUAUUCCAUCGACGACGAAGAAGAUAUGGCCAUGGCGAGGAUAUCUGAUGUUUUCAUUGCUGAGACACGAUACAACAUCCCAACCGACGGCGUGCCCGCUGGUAACUGGGUCUUGUUGGGUGGCGUGGACAACUCAAUCGUGAAGACUGCCACUAUUGUGGAGAAAAAGUUCGAGGAUGACGAGGACACGUACAUCUUCAAGCCUCUUCAACACUUCACAGAGUCCGUUCUUAAGGUUGCUGUUGAGCCCAUCAACCCGUCCGAACUACCCAAGAUGCUUGACGGCAUCAGAAAAAUCAACAAGAGCUACCCCUUAAUUACCACCAAGGUGGAAGAAUCGGGAGAGCAUAUUAUUCUUGGAACUGGCGAGCUAUACAUGGAUUGCGUAUUGCAUGAUCUACGCCGUCUUUAUGCCGAUAUGGAGGUUAGGGUAUCAGAUCCUGUGGUACGCUUCUGUGAGACCGUACAGGACAUGUCCGCAACCAAAUGCUACGCCAUCACGCCAAACAAGAAGAACACCAUUACCAUGGUGGCGGAACCAUUGGAGGAUGGCAUCGCGCAAGACAUUGAGUCAGGGGCAGUCAAGAUUCGGGAUCCUGUACGAAAGACCGCCAAGUUCUUCGAGGAAAAGUAUGGCUGGGAUCUCCUCGCAGCCAGGAGUAUCUGGGCUUUCGGUCCAGACGAGAUGGGGCCCAAUAUCUUGCAGGACGACACAUUACCCUCAGAGGUUGACAAGAAGCGACUCAACACAGUCAAGGAGUCCAUUCGCCAAGGUUUCAGUUGGGCAGUCCGUGAAGGCCCGCUUUGCGAAGAGCCAAUACGCAAUACCAAGUUCCGUCUCAUCGACGUAUCGCUUGCCCAGGAGGCCAUCUUCCGUGGCGGUGGUCAGAUCAUCCCCACGUCCCGCCGCGCCUGCUACAGCUCGUUCCUGAUGGCCUCGCCUCGCUUGAUGGAGCCCAUGUACUCGGUUUCCAUGACCGGCCCUCAGGACACCGUCAGCACCGUUUACAACAUCCUGGCUCGCCGUCGCGGCCACGUCCUCUCCGACGGUCCCAUUGCCGGCACCCCACUUUACCGUGUCAACGGCCUGCUACCUGUCAUCGACAGUUUCGGCUUCGAAACCGACCUGAGGAUCAAUACGCCCGGCCAGGCCAUGGUCAGUCUAGUAUUUGACAGGUGGAACAUUGUGCCAGGUGAUCCGCUCGACAAGGAGAUUGUCCUGCGUCCUCUGCAGAUGGCUAACGCGCAGGCGACGGCGAGAGACUUUGUGCUGAAGACGAGAAGGCGCAAGGGCUUGAGCGAGGAUGUCAGUGUGGCCAAGUUCUUGGAGCCCGAGUUUUACCAGAGCUUGAUAGAGAGCGGUACUCUUGGCGAGGCUUGA